CGACACCAUGCUGGGGAUUCUAAGCCUUCUCAUCGCCGCGCUUACCCGUGUUGACGCGGCCAAGGUGCUGACCCAGACGCCGGCGGUUCUGACCGUUCCUGUAGGACGAGAGGUGGUUCUCAAUUGCAACAUUCAGAGGGAUGAUCGCCAUAGAGUCGUCUUUUAUAGACAGUUUCCUGGAGAAGCUCCUCAGUUCAUUCUGGAGCAUUACUAUUCAAGGUCACCUAGCUAUGGAUCAGAUUUCUCCUCUAGUCAGUUCAAUGCCAAUGCGUCCUCCAAAGUGGAUUACCAGUUCAUCAUUAAACAGGCAAAGGCAGAAGAUUCUGCUGAGUAUUAUUGUAACACGUGGGAUCGCUCUGUUAAUGAAGAAGUAUCACAUGUCAUCACUGUGGUAUUCGGCGGAGGAACUAAGCUGCUUGUGACAAGCUCUGACGUGAGUCCACCCGUGGUGACUGUCUUCCCUCCGUCCAAUGAUGAGCUCCAGUCCAAAGAGGCCACUCUAGUCUGCGUGGCCACUCAGUCCAUCCCGUCCGCUGAUGUUACUUGGAUGGCUCGCGGCCGUCCGGCGUCGGACGCCGUCGCCACCGGUCCUGCCACACGAGAAACGAACGGCAACUACAAAAUCAGCAGCUAUCUCACCGUGCAGACGUCCGAAUGGAACGCGGACGUACCUUACACUUGUAAGGUGUCUUUGGGCUCCCAGUCAGCUGAACAGACCAUCAGCAAGUCCAAUUGUGCAAUUUAGCAAGCCCAAAAUAAUGUGUAUGCAUGUUCUUAGCUAGUCUGCUUUAGUUUUCUAUAACGACUCAAUAUUCUUCAAUAAAAAAUAUGUCAUUGAUUUUGGACUGAGUAUGUUCAGAUUUUAACUCAUUUUCUUCAAAGACUUUACAAAUAUGUAAAAUGAAGCAUGAUUAUUUGGUUAAAAAUACAGUUUUGUGUAUGCUUAGUUCCCUAAAAUGAAGCAACAAACCAAAUUUAAAAUGAUGACUUGUGAUGUGACAAUAUUUUGAAAAGUGUACCGCUAAAGGUUAUCGAUAUGCUCCUACCAUGAAUCAGUAUAUCGUUUUGAAAAGGUGUCACUGUUUCAUAAAAGUAAAAGGAACCAACAGGUUUCUACCAACGUCUUCUGUUAGAAUUGCGUCUACGUUAGCUCAUUAGUCGCUAUUGACGGCGCUAGACAUUCCAUUCGUUUGGACUGGAUUUGACGUCAAGCGUCGUCAAUUGAACUGAAACCAGAGCAUGUCUUGUGGGUAUUCACAGGUCACUUCCUGUUCAUUUUAAAAUAUUUACAGGUGACUCCAUGUUGAUUUUGAGUCACUUCAAAGUCAUUGGUAGACACUCUUGAGUCACUUCAUUUUCAGUAAACCCAAAAUUAAUUAGAAGUGACCCGUAAACACCCCAGAAGGUAAAGAGUGACCGAAAAACAACAGAAAAGACGUGACAUGCCCCAAAAUGAACUCAUUGCCUGGCAUUGGCUGCAAGUGACGGUCACAGACGUCCAAUCCGUUUGAAGUGGAAGGGAUGGCAGCGAAUGACCGAAUCGAACGUCUACUAGUGAUAAGCUUUUUUAAAUUCAUGCAAUAUUAUUUGUUAAUUAAUGUUGACAACAUUGAACAUUUUCUUACUUUUUAGUCCUUUUUCAUUCAUCUUUUAUUCAUGAAAUCUUCACUUUCACAUAAUUCGCUGAAACAGCAAAGCCUGAACACGACUAGAAAUUUGUAGUCCUAAAAUAAAAA